AAGUGACGUCUUAAUGUUUGAAUCGUGCGGGCUAACAAGCAGCAGGGACCGAAAUCCUGUAACCACUGCACUGACCAGCAUCCCCCUGAUACAUUUGGGGAACAAGUGCAUCUUCAUGUUCCUGUAAUUUGUCACAGAGAACGCAAUGGACCUCCACAAGAUCAUCCACAAUGCAAUGCAUGAAUUCAUCCAGACUUAUAUUCCUGACGCAGAUCUCAGCACACUGGAUGAUGUUCUUCUGUCUUACAUCACUGGCGUCCUGGAGGAUCUGGGCUCUCAGCAGAGUGUUGAAGAGAACUUUGAUGUGGAAGUCUUUGGAGAGAUGUUAGAAGCUUACAUACCUGGUUUUGCUGAAAUUGAAAGUGUCAAAGUCUGUGAGAUGAUGUUCAUUCUGGCUUCCAAACUCGCCACAGCUCGGACCUCAGCUGAUGAACAAAACGAAGUGUCUAAAGAGCAGACCGAAGAGACUUCACCUAAACUCGUGACCAUCUCCGCUGAACCUCCACCUGAAAGCGAAACGCAGUGCCUUACAAAUCAGACAGAGGGCGCCGCUGCCAAGCCACAAGUGUCUGAAUGGGAGGCUCAGGAGCAGCACCUGCUGGAGAUGUUUCCCAAAUGUAGUCUCUCCGAGGCUCGUAGCGCCCUGUCUAUUGCCAAAGGAGACAUGGAGGAAGCUGUGCGCCUUAUCAUAGAGGGCGAUGUCCAACUCAGUUCAUCUCCUCUCAAUGUAAACCAAGGGAAGAAUAUUUCCGUUGUGGCAGACCAUAAACUGAAAGAGAGCAUUCUUGAAAAGUACAUGUUAGUGGACAGGGAGGAUGACAAAAAAACACACCGGCCUGUUGCCCCCAAAGACGCUCCAAAGAAGCUAGUCCGUUACCACAGUAACCAGGUGGUUACCACGAAAGGGGAGCGGUAUCAGCUCGUGAAAACAAACGAGGCAGAGGACAUGAAGAAGACGUACGUCAACCUCAAGCCUGCACGAAAGUACCGAUUUCAUUGAUGACCAGCACAACACUGUAAGAGCAGCUACUGACCUUUUUGUUUACACUAUUUAAUUUAUUGUGUUUAUUUAGCCUGAAUUUGUGAGAUUUGUUUACCCAAGUUAAGGAUGGUAUUUGUCAGUGGCUUAUUUUUAAGGAAUUCCCACCGUUAUAUGCCUUGGUUGAAACUUUAAAUUUCAGUGUUUGAUUUUUCUUUGUAUUUCCCCUGAGAGCUUUUGAAGAUUUGUGUGAUACUUUGGUGUGGAUGUUGUAACUUGUGUUCUGGAUUGUAUAACAUCCUAACCUCUCUACUUUUUGCCAUCUCAGCAGGUCUGAUGUUGCACUGACAUUCUCAUUAUUUUAAAAUCUUAGCCUUUUAUUUAUCCCAGCUGUUUCUUGUUUUUAUUUGUUUAUUUGUACCUGCUUUAACUGGUCCAGUAUAGAUUUAUCAUUAUCAUGACAUUUACUGAAAAACACGAUUUAAUUAUAAUCCUUGAAUAUAUUCUAGUGGUGCUGUAGAGUUUGGGGUUUGUUUCAGUACAAGUCUCAAUGGCUUCUUUUACAAACACACAAAAAAAAUCAAUGACGCCAAUUUGAUUUAAAGAUCUAUUUUUACAUCAUGCAAGAAAAACAGUGCUGUUGAAAUAUUUGGUAUACUUGUGUUUUUGACAAUUUGUUGUGCUACAAAGUUAUUUUCACAUUAAAAAACUGACAUGCAACAUACUCACUAUUUUUAAAGCCGGUUUGUGUAGCCGUAGGGUUUUAAUGGUUGGCCUCACUAGACUGGAAACCCACACCUACAGACAUUUAGGACUCAUGAUACACUCAAUAUUGUUAAUAUACAAAGAAAAUAGUAUUUACUCUACCGAUUGAUCAUUAUAAAAUAUCUUACCUACAAUAAGCAAUUUCUGUUUUUCGAGUUAUCUGUUUGACCUACAUGAACACAUAUUUUGUCCUUAGUCCAUGUUCCAGAUUGAAGCCAAAUUAUUCAUAACUUUAGUUAAUGUCAAAAUAUUUUUGUUUUCCUUAAUUGAAGUAUUUUUUUCUUUUAUAAUAAUAGAUACAGAAAAUGCUAGCAUCUACAUGCAAAGGAGGCCAUGGUCCUUAUUGUUCUGACACAACCUGAUAAAUCAGAUCCUGAAAUACAUUUUCACUCACUGUAAAUAAAAUUACUCUCUAGUACUGUAUAACCAUCAUGAUUCAUUUGGAGUUAAUAUUGUAGCACAGCCGAUUCAAUUCACAAGAGGAUCACAAACCAAUACAGCACUCUAAUUUUUUGGCAUACUAAAGCAGAGGAUAGUAGUUACCCCUUAAAGGUGAGUGCAAUGUGCUGCUGGAGAAGUUAUUUCCAAAAGCAUUGUCUUUAUUUUUGAUAUAGAUGUUUAGAUUUUGCAAAGUCUCAAAUCAUGUAUUUAUUGUGAAGAGGCCUGUUGCGUGGUUUCAGGGUCUGUUCACAUGAUGUAUCUGACGUGGUUCAAUGUCACAGCUCCAUGUUUCUCAUUUGUGUUGUGUGCAAUUUUGCUUCGCUUGUGGUCGUUGGUUGUGAACUUUUGAUUCUGAUUGGAUUCCUCUUUGAUUCUUGUUAGUUGUGUAUUAGGAUGUUCAGGUUUCUUUUGAUUUUUUUUACUGAUAUACUGUGUUUGUGUUAAUCUGCAUCCACUUGGAGCAGCUAUAAGCAGAUGUUUUUGAUUUGAUUGGUGGUAUAUUUUUCCUGACUGUAGGUGUGACACACUCCAGCGUUGAAAGAUAUGUUGUUACUGAUACCUGUCAUCAUCAGAAGCAAUGGUCUUUAACAAGUUUAUCAUGGUGUUAAUGUAACGCUUGGAUGGAUUUACUGAAGCUAUUAAGUCAACUGAGAUCAACCAUGUGCUUCAAACAACUGCUGACGCACAAUUUAUAGUAAAUAAAACUAAUUUUUGUAGAUCAUU